AUGGAGUUCGGCAACGCAGGCGUCUUGAACGAAGAUGGCAUCCACGUUGACAUGGACCGACUGAAGAAGGGUGAAGUGAACCUGGGUACCUCCAUCAUGGCCAUAACCUUCAAGGACGGGGUUAUUCUCGGCGCCGACUCUCGAACCACAACCGGAGCAUACAUCGCGAACCGAGUGACAGACAAGCUGACCCGGGUACACGACACCAUCUGGUGCUGUCGCUCCGGCUCGGCCGCUGAUACACAAGCCGUGGCGGACAUUGUGCAGUACCAGCUGGGCAUGUUCGCGAUGCGCAAUGGCAAGCCGCCUACGACGCAAACCGCUGCGUCCAUCUUCCAGGAGGUCUGCUACUCUAACAAAGACAGACUGAGCGCGGGACUCAUCAUUGCUGGCUGGGACGAGCGACACGGUGGCCAGGUCUACGCGAUCCCUCUCGGAGGGUCUCUACACAAGCAAGCAUACUCGAUCGGCGGUUCUGGCUCGACCUACAUCUACGGAUACUGUGAUGCGCACUGGAAGGAAGGUAUGGAGGAGGAAGACGCCGUCAACUUCGUCAAGGGUGCUCUUUCAGAGGCGAUCAAGUGGGAUGGUAGCUCUGGAGGUGUGAUCCGCAUGGUUGUCUUGACGAAGAAGGGGGCAGACCGACACCUAUACCUACCCGACGAGGACUACAAGGUGCGGCAUACAUAG